AUGACUUCGGCUCCGUCCGCCGGUCGCGAGCUCCUGAACCCGCCGUCCGACGGCAUUUCGAAUCUCCGAUUUUCCAAUAACAGUAACCAUCUCCUCGUUUCUUCAUGGGAUAAGCGUGUGAGAUUGUAUGAUGUGAGCACCAAUUCGUUGAAAGGCGAGUUUAUCCACGGCGGCCCAGUCCUCGAUUGCUGUUUCCACGACGAUUCCUCCGGUUUCAGCGUUGGCGGCGACAACAAAGUCAGACGGAUUGUUUUCAAUGUUGGCAAAGAGGACAUUUUGGGGACGCAUGACAAACCAGUGCGCUGUGUUGAGUAUUCUUACGCUGCAGGGCAAGUGAUCACUGGGUCAUGGGAUAAAACAGUAAAGUGUUGGGAUCCGAGAGGCGCUAGUGGGCCGGAACGGACUCAGGUGGGAACGUACUUGCUGCCAGAGCGUGUUUACUCUCUGUCACUUGUUGGACAUCGUUUGGUGGUGGCGACUGCAGGAAGGCAUGUCAACAUCUACGAUCUCAGGAACAUGUCUCAGCCUGAGCAGAGAAGGGAGUCUUCACUCAAGUACCAGACGAGAUGUGUUCGUAGCUAUCCUAAUGGAACAGGGUAUGCGCUUAGCUCUGUUGAAGGAAGGGUUGCGAUGGAGUUUUUCGAUUUAUCAGAGGCUGCUCAAGCUAAAAAAUAUGCUUUCAAAUGUCACCGGAAAUCCGAGGCUGGAAGGGACAUUGUUUACCCUGUGAGUGCCAUUGCCUUCCAUCCCAUUUAUGGCACCUUUGCAACUGGAGGAUGUGACGGUUUUGUCAACAUAUGGGAUGGUAACAACAAGAAGAGGCUCUAUCAGUAUUCAAAAUACCCUACAAGUAUCUCGGCACUGUCAUUCAGUCGUGAUGGUCAGCUACUGGCUGUUGCUUCAAGCUACACGUUUGAAGAGGGAGAGAAAUCGCACGAACCAGAGGCCAUCUUUGUAAGAAACGUUAAUGAGAUCGAAGUGAAGCCUAAACCCAAAGCAUACCCAAAUCCUGCGGCUUAG